CACCCCACCGACAGCACGUAGGAAGGGGUUGUGCGCAGACAAUCGCUGUUACCUUAUUUUUUGAGCCUCAAGUCGUCCUCGGACGCGCAAUAAACAUCAUGGCCGCCGCAAACAGACAGGGCAAGAUGCAAAACCUAAUCAACUACCGCAUGAAGGUAACACUUCAAGACGGUAGGCAGAUGGUCGGGCAGAUGCUCGCAUUCGACAAACACAUGAACCUCGUCCUCGCCGACACUGAAGAGUUCCGCCGCACACGACGAAGGGGGAAGGCCGCGCCCGGCGCAACCCAGCAGGUCACCGAGACUGAGGAGCGCCGCGCCAUUGGACUAACCAUCAUUCGUGGCGCGCACGUUAUCUCCCUGUCCGUUGAUGGACCACCGCCCGCCGACCCCGCCGCACGACUGGGAGGAGCUUCUGGUGGACCUUCGACUGCUGCGACUCUGGCUGCUGGACCUGGUGUCGCACGACCGGCAGGACGUGGGCUGCCAGUUGGCCUCACCGGACCCGCUGCCGGUGUUGGAGGACCUGGCCCUGGCUUCGGUGCACCACCGUUUGCUGGUGGCCCACCAGGAUUUGGAGGACCGCCUCCUGGCUUUGGUGGACGAGGUGGACCCCCAGGUGGACCGCCUGGAUUCCCCCCUGCUGGCGGACCUCCUGGCUUUGGCGGACCCCCAGGCUUUGGUGGACCACCUGGUUUCCAGGGCCGUGGUGGCCCUCCCGGUUUUGGCGGACGGUAGACACAUAGGAAGCUCACACGACAAUCGAGUUACCUCAGCAAUCCGCCUCACCCUUUGCGCCGCACGAUAGAUUUCGAAAAAGCAGCUUUCUCACUGGCGCAUUAGGGACGCACACCAAUUGAGCCGGGAAGGUGGUCAAAAGCGAAAGAUGCGAUUAGAUGCAGCUGAUCUCCAACACAUCUCGAAUAUGUGUUUGGUUUUUGGAAGGUGUAACAGGCUCUAAAAGCGUACCGUUUGGAUGUUCUAUCUAGAAGCAGCGAGGUCAUGGGCGCAUGCCCUACAGUAUCAGGAAUAACAAUCACUACCUUA